UUUUAUGUUUCUGUAGAAACGCAUAAAGGUUGAAUAAGAAAAUAUAUAUUUGAAAUAAGGUUUGGUGGGGCAGUUAAAGAAACUGGGGAUGGCAGUAAAUUUGAUCUUGGACGCAUCACAUGAUACGUUGUGAACUGUGUCCCUUUAAAAAAAAACCUCUUACUUCGAAAGUCUCGUUGCAGUCAGUAAACUUCACACGACAUCGCGAGAGUUGUACCUCAGUGGCGGCUGUGUGGCCCCUGUCUCACUACGGACGGAGUUGUUUCUGACGUUUGAAUGAAAAACAGUGUGAAUUACCUUCACAUUGGAACCGUGAUAUAAUGGCUUCAGCCUUGGAGCAGUUUGUGAACAAUGUGCGGCAGCUUUCCGCUCAAGGCCAGAUGACUCAGCUGUGCGAGUUGAUCAACAAGAGUGGGGAGCUGCUGGCCAAGAACCUGUCCCACCUGGACACAGUGCUGGGGGCCUUGGACAUUCAGGAGCACUCCCUCGGUGUGCUGGCUGUGCUAUUCGUAAAGUUCUCAAUGCCAAACAUCCCUGACUUUGAGACGCUUUUCUCCCAAGUCCAACUUUUCAUCAGCACUUGUAAUGGCGAGCACGUUAGAUAUGCAACAGACACUUUUGCUGGUCUCUGCCACCAGUUGACAAACGCCCUCGUCGAACGGAAACAGCCAUUGAGGGGUGUCGUCGUACUAAAACAGGCAAUAGACAAAAUGCAGAUGAACACAAACCAACUUACCUCAGUUCAUGCAGACCUGUGUCAGCUGUGCUUGUUAGCAAAGUGCUUCAAGCCCGCUCUGCCCUUCUUGGAGCUUGACAUGAUGGACAUCUGUAAGGAGAACGGAGCUUAUGACGCAAAGCACUUUUUAUGUUACUACUACUAUGGUGGCAUGAUCUACAUGGGCCUCAAAGACUUCGAUAGAGCACUGUAUUUUUAUGAACAGGCAAUAACCACUCCAGCCAUGGCGGUAAGCCAUAUCAUGUUGGAAGCCUAUAAGAAAUACAUCCUGGUCUCGCUCAUUCUCCAUGGCAAAGUUCAGCAGCUGCCCAAAUACACCUCACAAAUUGUAGGGAGGUUUAUCAAGCCCCUGAGCAACGCGUACCACGAGCUGGCUCAGGUUUACACCACCAACAAUCCCGUCGAAUUGCGCAACGUAGUCAGCAAACACAGCGAGACGUUCACGCGAGACAACAACACAGGCCUGGUCAAACAGUGCCUCUCCUCCCUCUAUAAAAAGAACAUCCAGAGGUUAACAAAGACGUUCCUGACACUGUCUUUGCAAGACAUGGCAAGUCGAGUGCAGCUCUCAGGCCCCCAGGAGGCAGAGAAAUAUGUCUUACACAUGAUUGAAGAUGGUGAGAUCUACGCUAGCAUUAACCAAAAGGACGGCAUGGUGUGCUUCCAUGACAACCCAGAAAAAUACAACAAUCCAGCGAUGCUCCACAAAAUUGACCAAGAGAUGUUGAAAUGUAUAGAACUGGAUGAAAAACUAAAGUCAAUGGAUCAAGAAAUCACAGUAAACCCACAAUUUGUGCAGAAGAGUAUGGGAUCGCAGGAGGAUGAUGUUGGCAGCAAAACAUCAAGUUAUUCCUGAGGGACUACAGACUGCUCAAGAAUGCUGCAGCCUCCCCAGCACAUUCUUUCAUGAAUGCGUUGGAAUGUUUUUUUUUUUUUAAAAAGAGGAAAACAAAUAUUCUAUUGCAUAAGGACAUUGGUUAAGGAAAAUCUAAUUGUGUGGAAUGAUGUUGAAUUUGGUUAUUGUUUUGUCACAGAAGGACAACAAAGCGGUCUUUACAGAAAGAUUUUGUCAGUGUUUUAUUUAUCAAUGUUCAGGUUGGAGUGAUACUGCUAGGUUAUUACAAAACACAAUAAUUAAAAACUGGACAUAUUUGUGAAUAAUAGCGCCAUUCUGCUGCAUGAUGGGUGUAAUUAGAAAUUAUUACGUAUGAGGCAAUACAUCUAUAGCUGGCAAGGAAUAAAACUGAGUAUAAUCUACAUUUGUAACAACUGCAAUGCUCGUUUUGGUUAGAUUGUAGAUAUUACUAGUCAAUAUAUCCACUCAAACGUACCGUUGACCAAACUGGGUGAAACAAGUCACAAUUUGGUGCACUGUUGUGUUUUACGAUUAUUUUUAAUUUUUAGGUCAGAUCCACUAGAGGUCACUAGAGCACUGUACAAAAAUGUUUUGACAGCUUGUACGAGUGGUGAAGUCAACGGACAACCAAACUGUCAUGUCAUUUGGGAGCUUUGUGGUUGGGGAUCUGUAAUAAAUUGUUUAAGAAUGUA